GGCCUGGAAGUAAUAAUUUCACAAUUGUCACAGCUUCAAAUGCCGAAUAUUUUGAUACACUCAAAAAAAUUCUGUAUCUUCUCAAAAACAAAUUUGGAUGUUCUCAAAAAAUUAUUGGAUAUGAUCUUGGGGGUAUUAGUGAAAACAAAACUAUGCAUUUAA